GUGAGGGGUUUCCCCAAAGUCUGCCAAAACAUUACAGGCAAAGAAGAACUAGUCAGACCUGUAGGUCACUCCUGUGCAGUCACAGGUCAGUUUAAUCAAGUUUCACCACAACACGCAGGAAUCGGUUUCAGGGUAGUACAUAAAUUAAAGAUACCUACCAAAAAGAACAGCAGAGAGUCGAGGAGGAAACAAAAGAUGUGGAUGACGACGUGUCGGAGGAUUGGCAUCUAAAGCCCAAGAGGAAAAGUCAGAAGGUGAGUGAGGAGUUUUUAGAGCAGAGAGAGAAGAAGGAGGAGGGGGACUGUGAUGAAGGUUUCAGCACUGAAUAGCCAACUGCUGUAGGACGCGCAAAGAACAAAAGUUCAAGCCAACGCUUUAAAGAAGAGGAAAAACGAAGAAGUGUGCCUUUUUGACUUGGGCGACUAGUCGCAGAGCACAGACAAUGAAGACGACAAAUAUGACUUUGAGGAUGAAACAAGAGGGCGUCAUCUUCCUAAUGUGAUUGUGACUGCUAAGAAAGCAUCAGGUUAGGUAUCAAAAGACAGGAUGGGAUCAAAGGAUAAAAAAUCCAAGAAGGACUCAGAGAAAGAGGAGGAACAAGCAGGAGGGGAUGAGGAAGGGAAGAAGAAGAAAGACAAAAAGAAAAAAGGAUCCGUAAACAGUAAUGAAGAUGCCAAGAAGACCAAAGGGAAGAAGAAGAAGGUGGAAAAUUAUGUGGAAAUCUACGAGAGUGAGCUUCGCAAUUAUCAGGCAGAAAUGGUGGAGAACUAUGAAGAUGAGUACCAUAAAAAGAAAGUAUACGAAGUGGUUACCGUCACAGGCGAUGAGAGAGGAGCAGGCACAGAUGCCAACGUGUUUGUCACUCUCUUUGGAGAAUUCGGCAUCACUCCGAAAGUCCAUCUGGCCAGCAAGAGCCGCACAGCAUUUGAGAGGGCCAAAACUGAUGUGUUUAGAAUAAGAACCCACAAUGUUGGUCCCCUGAAGAAGAUUCGGAUUGAGCAUGAUAACACGGGUAUGAAUGCCAGCUGGUUCUUGGACAGGGUGGUGGUGACAGAUGUCAUCAGGCCUCACCUGAGGUACUAUUUUGCUUGUAACAACUGGCUCAGCAAAGUGGAAGGAGACCGCCUUUUUGUCCGUGACUUGUUGGGAACCGCGGACCCCAUGGACAUGCCCAAAUAUAAUAAGUAUAUGGUCAGUGUAUUCACUGCAGAUAUAAAAGGUAGUGGAACAGAUGCUGAUGUUUUCAUCAAUAUCUUUGGAGAGUUUGGAGAUACAGGGGAAAGGCUACUAAACACAGACAAAAACAACUUUGAAAAAGGCUCAGAGGACAAAUUCACAGUUGAAGCGCCUAACUUGGGAAAAAUGAGAAAGGUCACCAUCGGCCAUAAUAACAAGGGCACUUCUGCCGGAUGGUUUGCCGACAAGGUGAUUGUCGAUGAUCUGGGGAACAAACUAGUCUAUGAAUUUCCUAUCAAUCGUUGGUUUGCCAUCGAUGAAGAUGAUGGCAAGAUACAGAGAGACAUUUUGGUGGGAGGAAGCCAACCCACAGGGAUUGUGUACAAUGUCCAGAUUGUAACUGGAAACAUCCGUGGAGCUGGGACCAACUCCAAAAUCCACAUUGUAAUGCACGGCAGCAAAGGCUCCAAGAACAGUGGGAAGGUGUUUCUGGAAGGUGGCAAAUUUGAACGCGGCCUAACCGAUAUCUUCAAUGUGGAAAUUGCCGCGCUUCUCAGCCCCCUCAGCAGGGUGACCAUCGGACAUGAUAACGACGGGGUCAGCGCCGGGUGGUACUGUGAGAAGGUAGUGGUGUACUGUCCAUUCACGGGUAUAGAGCAAACAUUUCCAUGCUCUAAAUGGCUGGAUGAGAAGGAAGGAGAUGGACUGAUUGAGCGAGAACUUUAUGAGAUGGUCUCUCUUAGGCACAGAAAGCAAAAAAAGCAUCCCUGGUCCUUGUGGAUCUGGACGUCGGAUAUAGCCAACGCCGGAAGCGACGCAGAUAUUUAUUUCCAGGUGUAUGGAGUAAAGGGCAAGUCAGAUGAGAUCAAACUAGACAACAAGACUGACAAUUUUGAGAGAGGGCAAGUGGACAGAUUCAUGGUAGAGCUGCCGGAUUUGGGGUGUUUGACCAAACUCCGAAUCUGGCAUCAGAAGAGAAAUCCUUUUGCAGGAUGGCAUCUGAGUAAGGCGACUCUGAUGAAAACAUUAACAAAGGAAAAAUAUAAUUUUCCAUGUGAGCGUUGGCUAGACACUAAUGAAGAUGAUAAUGAGGUUGUGAGGGAACUUCCAGCCACUGGGAGGCUAAUUACUGACCCACUGCCUUUAAUUAAGUACAGAGUGACCGUUUGCACCGGGAACAUUGGAGGUAGUGGUACGGACGCGUCGGUUUUUCUCAAUAUGAUCGGUGAGCGUGGUGACACGGGAGAUCGAACGCUGGUCAACUGCAAAAAUAACAUCAACAAGUUUGAGAAGGGAAAUCUGGAUGAAUUCAUUAUCGAGGCUGUCGCCAUCGGGCAGAUUCGCAGAGUAAGGAUUGGACAUGAUGGCAAAGGUGGCGGCUGCGGCUGGUUUCUUGAAAAAGUCAUUGUGAGAGAAGAAGGACAGGCUGAGGCACAAGCUAUUGAGUUCCCCUGCAACAGGUGGCUAGAUCGCAACGAAGAUGAUGGCCAAAUUGUUCGAGAGUUAGUCCCAUUCUCAGAUGGACAGCGUCUUUACAAUGCUGGAUAUCACAUUGCAGUGAAGACAGGCAACAUCCCCGGAGGCAGCUCAGACUCCACGGUCUAUGUUAAACUGUAUGGGGACAAAGGCGACACCAGUAAAAUGAUGCUGGUGGUCUCUGACAACAAUCUGAGCAACUACUUUGAGACAGGUCGCAUUGACAUCUUCACAGUGGAAACAUCUGAUAUUGGACAGAUCAACCGCCUGAUGAUCGGCCACAACAACGAAGGCAUGCGGGCCGGGUGGUUCUUGGACAGCGUUCAAAUCCUUGCGCCUUUGAGUGGAACGCAUUACAUGUUUCCAUGCCAUCGCUGGCUGUCCAAGGGAGAAGCUGAUGGCAAGACGGAGGUGGAGAUUUACCCCAGCGAGAUCCUAGACACGCAUCAAUUGAUCAACUACGAAUUAACAAUAGUAACUGGAGAUGAGAUGUUUGCCGGCACCAAUGCCAAAGUGUUCAUCCAGAUCUACGGCGACAAAGGGAAAACAGAGGUCAUCAAGCUAGAUAGCCGUUCUAACAACUUUGAGAGAAGAUCAACAGACAUAUUCAAGGUCGAGGCCAAAGACGUGGGUAAGUUGUUCAAGAUCCGCAUCGGCCACGACGGCUCGGGCAUUGGAUCCGGCUGGUACCUGGACAAUGUGGAGGUCAAACACAUCACAAUGACUCUGGUGCCCAAAGAGAAGAAGAAGGAGGACAAGAAGAAGAAGAAGAAGAAAAAGAAGGAUGAAGAGGAUGAAGAAGAGGAAGGAGCGGAGGAGAUGCAGGAAGUGGUGGUGACGUAUUGCUUCCCCUGCUCGCGGUGGUUGGCAAGCGGGGAAGAGGAUGGCGAGCUGCAGGUGGAGCUUCUGCCUGACGGAGCCGAAGAACUGGAAGUCAACACCUAUGAAGUGUGCGUCUUUACGGGUGACGUGCUGGGAGCCGGGAGCGAUGCCGACGUCUUCAUUAAUAUUUACGGCGACAAUGGAGACACUGGAGAGCGUUAUCUCAAGAACUCAGACAACCUCAACAAAUUUGAACGAGGCGAGGAGGAUGUGUUCAUUGUGACAGCUAUUGAUUUGGGUCCCCUGAAGAAGCUUCGGAUACGUCACAACAAUGCUCGACCGUAUUCAUCGUGGUAUCUGGAUCGUGUGGAAAUAGUGGACACAAAAGAUGAUACGACGUACUACUUCCCAUGUAACCGCUGGCUGGCCGUGGAUGAGGAUGAUGGCCAGAUAGCAAGAGAGCUGGUUCCUGUAGAUGAAGCCUUCAUGAAGAAGGAUGAGGAUGAAGAGGGAGGUGGAGCCACUCUGGGGCUAGAGCAGAAAGCCAUGUCUACUACGUAUACCAUCAAAAUAAAAACUGGAGAAAAGAAGUAUGCGGGAACUGACGCUAACAUCUUCGCUAUAUUAUUUGGAGAAAAUGACGACACAGGUAUCAUCAAUCUGAAAGCCUGUAAGAACUACAAGAACAAGUUUGAACAGGGCGCGAUCAAUGAGUUCAUCGUAGAGGCUGUGGAUUUGGGUGAGCUGGAAAAGCUUCGAAUUGGUCAUGACAAUUCAGGGGGAUCACCCGGUUGGUUUUUGGACUGGGUGGAGAUUGACGCUCCCUCGCAGGGUCUCAGGCUCCGCUUCCCAUGCGGCCGUUGGUUAGACAAGGGAGAAGACGACGGCAACAUCAUCAGGGAUCUUUAUCCUGCCGAGUUACAGACUGAGCUGUACACACCAUUCGUGCCUUACGAACUGAAGAUUUUCACCAGCGAUGUGUUUGGUGCUGGGACGGAUGCAGAUGUGUUCAUCGUUUUGUAUGGCCAGAAAGGCGUGUGCACACAGCAGAAGCAUCUAUGUGUCAACAAGAGAGAGAGGAGACUGUACUUUGAGAGGGGAGCUGAGGACAUGUUCAUAGUGGAGUUGGAAGAUGUCGGCGAUAUCAUCGAGAAGAUCCGAGUGGGACACGACAACAGGGGCUCCAAUCCUGGAUGGCACCUAGACAGAGUGGAGAUCAGACGCCUGUUGAGGAAAGGAAAGGGGUCCGAGACGACCAUUUUCCCGUGCGAACGCUGGUUGGCUAAAUCGGAAGAUGACGGGGAGACAGUGAGGGAGCUGGUCCCGUCAGACAUCAUUACAGAAAAACUCCUAAGGGGAGGCACUCUCAAACGGACUGAAACCGAAGUGGAGGAUGCUUUGGAAACACACACUUACCAGGUGUCCGUGCGUACUGGUGACAUGUACAAAGCAGGAACGGAUGCCAAUGUAUUCCUAACCAUCUACGGAGACCUUGGAGACACUGGAGAGCGAAAACUCUCCAGAUCUGACACCAACAGAAACAAGUUUGAGAGAGGAGAGGUGGACAAAUUUACCAUUGAAGCUGUGGAUCUUGGCCAAGUGUUUAAGAUCCGAAUUCGUCACGAUAACUCUAAUAUAGGAGCUGACUGGUAUCUGGACCAGGUGGAGGUGUUGGAUUUGGACACAGAGGAGGUUUACAUGUUCCUGUGUGAACGCUGGCUGUCAAAGAAAAAGGAGGACAAACGCUUAGAGAGGACCUUCUUUGUCAAGGGUUACGAAGGCGAAAGAAAUACCGAUCCCAAUUCCAAGAAAAUUGCUCAAGCCAAACUGGGGCUGGAUCGGAAUGCAAAUAAGAAAAAGAAGAAGAAGAAAAUGGCACUUGUGGAAGAAGGGCCAAUCAUCCCCUAUCAUUUCACUCUGUCCACUGGGAUGGAGCGCGAUGCCAGCACCACGGCCAGAGUCUACGUCAUCAUAAUUGGUCCUGGAGACCAGGAGACGGACCGGCUCUGGCUGGAUCUGCCGGAAGGAAAGAAAUGUUUUGCGGCUGGCAGCAUGCAACAUUUUGUGUGCUAUGGAACUGACGUGGGAGAGAUCAAAAGGGUGGAACUAGGACACAAUGGCGCCACACCAGAAAGCUGCUGGUUGGUGGACGAACUGGCCAUCAGCGUGCCCACCAAAGGCAUCAAGUACAGUUUCCUGUGCAAGUGCUGGCUGGCCAAAGACCGGGGGGACGGUCUUACGGUUCGACUGUUCAAUGUGCUGGACGCCAGCACCAUCAGUAUCAACCGCAAAGUGAUUUAUUCCACCACAGUUGUCACUGGUGACACCCAGUACGCUGGCAGCGACACUAACAUUUUCCUGACUGUGUAUGGAGCCAAUGGGAGCACAGAGGAAAUGCUCCUGCCUAAGAAUGGGGACAGGUUUGAGCGAGACCAAGAGGACACAUUCAACCUAGAGGUCGACGACAUCGCACCCCUGAAGAAGAUACGACUGAGGAUUGAUGGCAGCGGGAGUCGUCCCGAUUGGUUUCUGGACAGGAUCCUAAUGCGCAACCUGACCACUGAGGAGGUUUACACAUUCACAUAUGAGAACUGGCUGUCAAAAAGCAAAGGGCCCAGGAGGACUCUAGAAUGCGAGCUGGCAGCCGUGGUAGACGAGGAGGAGAUGGUGGAAAAAACCACCUAUGUCAUUCAGGUCCAGACCAGUGAUGUCACAGGCGCUGGUACAGAUGCCAACGUGUGCCUGAUUGUGUUUGGGGAGUUCGGCGACACAGGGACACUGAAGCUGAAGGAGAGCGCCAACAGGAACAAGUUUGAACGUAAAAUGAGAGAUGUGUUCCGCUUUCCUGACGUUCUCAGUCUGGGCGAGCUCUCCAAAGUGCGAGUGUGGCAUGACAACAAAGGUGCGGCUCCGGGCUGGCACCUGGACUACAUCGAUGUCAAAGAUGAGAGCAUGGAUCAAACAUUCAGGUUCCCUUGUGACCGCUGGUUGGCCAAAAAUGAAGACGAUGGUCAGAUCAUCAGGGAGCUGGCUUGUGCCAACAAUGAUGCUGUGGAUCUCAGCGACAAAACAAAAUAUGAAAUUGCCAUAACCACCGCAAACACAGAGGGCGCAUCCACCAGUGAAAACGUUUGGAUUGUUCUGGAAGGAAGAAAAGCCCGCUCCAAGGAGUUUGUUCUGGAGAAUAAAAAAAAUAAGUUCUCAUGCGGCGCCACUAGCACGUUUGAGUUCUCAUCCAAGCAUGUGGGUGAGAUCGCAGGCAUCUGCAUUGGACACAUCACUAAAGAUGGAAAGAAAGUGAAGAGUGAAUCCUACUGGCAUGUGGCGGAGGUGGUAGUGACUGAAAAAGAGCUGGGAAACAAGUAUUUCUUCCAGUGCGAUGCACUUGUGCCCUUGGCGUCCAAAAAGGAUCAGUUCCAAAACUUUGAGUGCUACAAAUCUGUGGAGAGUUUUGCCAGCAAGGUCCGUAGUCUGGUGCCUGUCAAGUACGAGAUCAUCGUGAUCACAGGCGACGUGAAGGAUGCCGGCACAGACGCCAACGUCCACAUCACAGUCUACGGUAUCAACGGCGACUCGGGCCGACGCCACCUGCGCAAGAAAUUCCGCAACCUGUUUGAGCGAGGCCGUACGGACCGCUUUGUGGUGGAGAUGUUGGACUUGGGUGAGCUGCUCAGGGUCAAGGUAGAGCACGACAACAGUGGCAUCAACAACGGCUGGUUUCUGGAGUGCAUGGAGGUGACCAACACGGCCAACUCAGUCACGACUAUCUUUCAGUGUGCCAAGUGGCUGGACAAGGACAAGGCUGACGGAUGCACUGAGAGGGUCCUCUACCCCAAGUACUAGAGUACUUGUAAAAAGUCCACACACCCUCAUUUAAAUGCCAGGUUUUGGUGACGUUUAAAAGAUAUAAAUCAUGGGGAAAAAGUAACAAUUGUAAUCAAAUAAUUCUUUACACAGUUACAGAAAUAAGGUGAGUUUUAGUUGAACCAUUUUGUUCUUACAUUGUACAUUUGUGCCAACACUUUAGAGGACAUUGAUCUGAUUGGUUGAAAAGAGAGGUAGGUGUCCCAUGGAAUUUAAAGGCUAAAUUGGAUUCACAUUCAACAGUUUUGACAUGUUAUUGUGGGGGUUCUUUUAAAAGCAAAGAUCACCACAUAUAAUACUUGUAUUUUUUUCCCAUUAAAGUCCACGCGUUUUGACAGAUCCUCACCGUUCCAAAAUUCCGCUACAAAAAUUGUUAAUUUGAAUUUCGAUUUCACCCUCUCACAUUUACGGUUGUCAAAAAAAGUUUUUUGACAAACAAAAUACCGAAUUCAUUUCCAAUGGCAAAAACAUUUAAAAUUUCAAAUAGUUUCUCAUCCUCUAUUUAAUAUCCAAUUCAAAUAAUUUACACAUCUAAAUUUCAGGAUUUCAAGACGCACAGAAGUUGUAUACCGUUUUUGCCAAAAACAUACGGUUCUACCAAAAUUUGACAAAAAUAUAUUUCCAAUGCACUCGUUCAUUUCAAGUGGAAAAACAUGGCCCGAUAUUAACAAGAAGUGGCCUGAAAAAGCCCCCAAAUUUACAGAAGUGACCUAGAAUUGUCCUAAAACAAUGCAAACAUCCUUCCCGUGAAAAAAAAGAAAAAUAUGGAAAAUCGAAAAACCGCGGAAAAGUCGGAAAAAACCCUGGUAAACGGGGAAAAUGUGGUAAAACAAAAAUGACAGAGAGAAAACUAGUGGGAAAUUGCAAAACUGCUGAAAACUGCGUUUAAAAAAAAAAACACAAAAGCUGACAAACCACAAAAAAACGACAAAACCACAAUUAAAAAAAAAAAAACAACUAUCAAAAAAUGGGAAAAAAACAAAAACUUUUAGUUUCUUCUUCAUAGGUCACUCAUUGGCGGCCACUGACGGCACAAGACGUCCAAUCCAUUUUGACUGAGCAGGGCGAAUGAAUGAAUAUUAAUUCUGACCUAUAGGAGAGAGAGGGAGCAAAGCUUCUUCACAUGAUUUUUCCAGAAAUUGCAUUUUCUAGAGUUUACAAACUAUGGCACCCUAUUAUGGAAUUUAAAAAAAUGUUUUUUAACAUCAUUUCAACCUGUUAAAACCAAGCCUCUGUACAUUUAUUUAGUAAUUCGUUUUUGAUAAGACAAAGUCCAUAAAUGUUUCUGACUGAGUGUGUAAACGUGUCCUAAAUUAAGUGAGAGACUAUGAAUAAAGGAGUCAG